AGCCGCUCCUUCUUCUUCUUCUUCUUCUUCUUCUUCUUCUUCUUCUUCUUCUUCUUCUUCUUCUUCUUCUACGCUGCAAAUGGGGAAGAAAGUAAACAAACUUCUCCGGCCCGUUUAUCGCUAACAUGGCAGUUCCCUUCUCCAACACCCACCUGCGGGUCCCUCGGGGAUUCGGUUCGAUCCUGGAAGGACUAGUCCGGGAAAUCUUACGAGACCAGCCUGAGGACAUCUCUCAAUAUGCUGCUCACUACUUCAAGGCUCUGCUUGAGCAGAGAGAAGAGAGUGGGAUGGACCCGGCUGAGUGGGCUGCUAAACUGGAGGACAGGUUUUACAACAACCACGCGUUCAAGGCUUCUGAGGCAAAUCCUGAGAAAGAGCCUCCACCAGAGAUCACAAGUCCAAGUGAGUCUCACCUUAUUUAUGAGUCCAACACUGCAAAUGAACCAAGUCAUUCAGCAGAAGCCUCGGAUCUGUCUACCACACAACCUAAAGUCUCUGAAGAGGGGGAUGUAACUGAAACCACAGAAGAAGAAGAAGAAGAAGAAGAAGAAGAAGAAGAAGAAGAAGAAGAAGAAGAAGAAGAAAAACACUUUGUUGCAGAGAAUUACAGUGUUUCAAUGAAAAGGGGACUUUCAGAAGGAGAAUCAAUCAACAGCCCCCCUCCUGCCGUUGUACAGUCAGAUGAACAGCGUGGGAUGGAGGAGGACAAAGACCCAACAGUACAUGCACUUGAUAAAGAUGGAAGGGCAGCUAAUGAAAAAGAUAUCAGCUCAGCUCCAGACCCAGAUGUACCUCAGUCUGCAUCCGCUGACAUGCUAUCAUUCAGUGGGCUUUCCAACGUAGAUGUAUGUGCUCAGGAGUUAGGAGUGACAGAAGAUAAUGGGGACGAUAAACAAGAAGCUGCUGCUGUAGAGAAGGAGAUUGAAGACUCGGGAGAAGAGGGAAAUACUGGAGGAGAAAAACCAAUCGAGAUCUCUCCGCAUUCUGGACUUGCUGACAUGGACAUUUGUGCGACAGAGCUUGGAGGAACAGACGAAAGAGCCACUUCUGAAAAGGAAACUCACAGCGAUGAAGAGGAAAGCUUUAAACCACCGCCAGAGGAAACUGUUGCACAAUCGUCCCUGUCUCGGUUUGAGACCCCUGAGGAUAAUCAACAAGAAGCAGAAGAUCAGGCAGAAAAAACAAAGGAGGAGGUGGAAACAGAGACUAAAGCUUCCUCUUGGGAAACACAUGAAAGUUUAGCUAAUAUCGAGGGUGUUUUAGAUGGUGAUAGUGUACCAAAGGAGGAUUCAUUGGUUGAGAUUAGCUUUGAAGAUGUUCCAGGGGCUCAGCAAAUUACUGAGGCUGAGGAGAAACAGCCAGAGGAAGAGGGUUCAGUAGAGGUGUCACAGAAUGAGAUAUUAGAAAUGCAACAGGGAGAGGAGCCCAAGGAGGUUACUGCAGUGUCGACAGACCAAAGUAUACCUGUUCCACAACACCAAGAUGAACCCGAAACAGGGGGAGCCGAAAAAGAACUGAAGUCUGAUGGGAAGGAAAUGGAAAGUUACUUGAAAGAAUCCGAUAUUAUGCAGGAAGAGGUGGCCACAAAUGACUCUGACUUCAAUUACGGCGAUGAAGACAAGGGAGAAGAUAAAUUAAACAGCAGCCCAUCUGAUCGGCCCACCACCGAAACAGACGAAAAGAACACAAACAAUGAAACUGAUGAUACAACUGACGAUAAGGAGAAAGAAAGAGAAGCGACAUUUCUCCAGAGUGAGGUCUCUGAGACAGAGACAGAGUCAAAUGAUGCUGAAUUAAAAAAAGAGGAGACGACAGACACGGUUGUAGGAGAUGAAGAGGACAGGCAUACAGAAGGUUAUAUAGAGGGGGAGGAUGAAGACAUUAAUGAUGAUGGUGCAGAAAACCUUUCAUCACAAGUAACCCCGUCUAAUGCAGCCACAGCAGGGACGGUGGGAGAGACUGAGACUUUCGAAACAAGUGAACAGCAUCUAACGGAGGAGCAUCAGGGAUCGCGUGUAGAUUCCUGGCCUGAGCAUACAGGGCAAGAAAAAGAGACCACAUCAGAGGAAGGAGAAAAAGUUGCAGAAGAGGAGAAAAUGAGUGAUGCACAGUGUGAAGAGGAGAGCAUCGACAUCGCUCAUGUUACAGAUGUGACAGAUGCUGAUCAGCAAGGAGAUGAAAUACCACUCGCGUCUGCAACAGACACACAAGAGACAGAGGAGAAGAAGAGCACUGACAAGGAGGAGUGCAGUCGGCCCCAGGAGGAGGAGGACAUCAUGGACAUCCCACUGGAUGACCCAGAGGCCAACAGGGCUGCCGCCAAGAUCCAGGCCGGCUUCCGGGGCCACAUGACCCGCAAGAAGAUGAAGCCCGAGGACAAAGCGGAAGGGGAGGAGGUGAGCAGCACCGGGGAUGUGCUCAACGGAAGCCGGGGGGACACAGCGACAGGAGGAUCGGGGGCAGUAGAGAGCGACGACACAUCUGUGCCAGAGCAGUGACACCCCUGCCCUGACCUGGAUGAAGAGAAAAGAGGGGGAGGGGAGCAAGGCAGCGGGAGAUGGCUGGCGAUGGCGUCAGCUGACUGGUCUGGCUUUCAGACACACCUUUUUUGUCCCAGGAGUCGUGUUUUGUUUUUUUUUUUCAACGCAAAUUAUCAGUAGAAUAAAAUGAACAGUUUCGAGGGUGUCCUCAGUGAAUUUUCGUGAACUUCAACACUCCUCCUCGGCUCCUCCAGCAGCCUCAUCAGUGCGGAUGUCUUUGACCCAGAAUUUGCAACUCACUGCAUGUACUUGUGAAACUUCUGGUAGUGUGCUAGUUUUUAGAUGAUGAUCUGUGAACGUGAAAAUGAGUGUCCUCUCAAUGCUAAACAGGGAUUACUGCGCAAGGAUCAGUUCAUACCAUCUGUGUAUAAACCUUGUAUGCAUCAUCAGCAUUAGACUGAUUGAACUCUGUGGCUUAAGUUAUUUCAGAUUUUGCGUUUUUUUUCUCGUGUGCUUGGAUCUCAAACAAGGUUUAUUAUUCGACCUGCUCACAAAAAUUAUUAAAACUUCAAAAAUAUCAAAACUAGAGAAGCUACUUUUGUUGUAUUUAUUCUGAGAUUGCAAUUGCAUUUUCAUUUUGAUCUCAUUCUAUAAAUCUGAUCUUCCACAACAGCAUGAAUUAACUACUCUUUCUUUCCAGAUACAUUUGGUACAGCUUUACCUUUUUGACACACUGGUUCAAUAUGCUCUAUUGUUGUGUUGCUGGGUUUGAAUUGUUUGACCUAUGUAAAAAAACAUUAAUAUCCUGUUGUUUGCAAAGCUUUCUUGCUUUAAAUCUAACUGCAUAGUACUUGCUUAUCUUUGCUGUAGAGUCAUGGCAUCGCACAAAUAAAUCCACCUUAAAUAUAUGGUGACAUGUCUGUUUUAAACUUCAUUAAUCCGAGUGAAGGGGUUUUGUCAGGGAGGAUGUUUGUUUCGUACAGUUUAUUUUAUGUUGACUGUUUUUUUUUUUUUUGGGGGGGGGGGGGGGGGACGGUAGAACAUCAACAAACGGCUCAUUUCUUCUUUUUCUCUUGUUCCUGCAAUAUUGCUGCAGAAAGCCAGUUGCUGAUUGGAAAGAGCCGAUUUCAAUGACGCUGAAACAUUCAUAACAUAAGAACUGUGCACAUCUAAUAUACCCAGAUCAGGCAAUUUAAAUAAAUAUAUUGCUGGUGAUGUAUUAAUCCAUCAAAUGCUUCCAUCCUAUAAUAAAAACACCACAGAGUA